UACCUACAAGUUCUAUCAGCGAACAUGUUGAAAGCACUACUGGCAGCUAUUUGUACCUGGUUACUAUGUGCGAGUGUGCUGAGCGCACCGCCGGCUUCGCCGCGGCGUCGCUCGCGCGGGCGCACCAAACUGUACACCGUGUUCGACCCCAUAUUCGGAACCGUAACCCCCUCUUCAGACAUAAAAGACUUUGCAGAUUAUGUGUUCGGCCGUUACGCGGUUCUGCGGGAUGACAACGAAAAUGACAACGACAACGAUUACGACGAUACCGAGGCGACCACAAACAGCGGCGAGGACCUGCGCCCCUCCAAGUCCAACAUCGCCGCGAACGUGGGCUUCGAGCAGUACUGGCCCAAGGGCGAGUGGGUGUACAGGAAAGCGGAGUUGGACUUCUGCAACAGCACCGGCAGCUGCGGGGAAAUGGUCAAGGAGUACGGGGUGAUCUGCGCCGGGAACCACGACUUGUCGGCGCACCACACCUUCGAGAACAUCUGCGAGAUGGACGACGCCAACUGCCGCGACGGAUCCUACACGGUGUUCACCACGAAGGACGAGCUGAAGAACGAGAGCCUCACGUGGAUCCCGAUCACCACGUCGGGCCAGAUCACCAUGAAGAUCUCCUCGAAGAAGCAGCUGUGGUUCAUCCUGACGCGCAACAGGAACUUCUUCUCCCGCCCCAAGAGAGCGUUCGUGUACGGGUACGCGUGCUGGAACUUCGAGACGUGCGUGCGCAUCGUGUCCGGCGACGGCGUGUUCCUGCCGCACCCCUACUACUGGACCAUACACGACACGCGCUCCCUCGCGCAGUACUGGGACUACCGUUUGGCCGACCCCGAGUAUGACUACUGGAAAAGCAAAAAGUUUUUACUAAAUCAAUACGUACAUCAGUGGAGAUUGAGUUGGAAUGAAAGCACCGGGUUCGUCGGGUUCACGUAAGUAUAUCAAGAGAGAUGGGAGCGAAUUCCGGCCGCUGAACGACACCAACCAGUCCAAGGCGUUCCCCGCGCGCUACCUGGGGCUGGCGGGCGGCUCGCCGGCCGAGCCCGCCUGGUGGGAGCUGGACGGCCCCGGAAUCGGCAGAGGACACCGUACCGUAGCAAGGAGUCACCGAGUCAGUGGGCGCGGUGCGGGUACAGUGUGGGGGCUUGGGUAGUAACGAGUAGUCAGUAAGUCGGGCGGUGGUGGUGUCCGACAGGGUACCUGAUCGCGUACCGCGGC